AUGUUCAGAAAAGGCUUCCCAAUUUUAGCCUCUGACAGUUAUCUUGAAGAAAAAAGUUACUCAGUUCUCAGCCAACAGAACUUGCAAAGGAGGUUUGAAAGCGCACAUAAUAGCAGGUUUAAGUUUCCUAGCAGUCACAAUAUACCCAACCAUACUGAGGAUACAGCAACUCUCAAAAUGGACAAGCUGGGAAAGGCUUCUGGAUUCAGGAGAAAUACUUCAGUUAGGUCUUGGGAACAAGCAGCCGCACCUCUGGGGCAACCAACUUCAGCUCCAUCUGUGUCUUUCAGCAGCACCCAACCCAGAAGACCUGUUGUUGCACAGCUGGCUACUCAGGCCUGGGCAGACAAGCAGGCAGCACUGCAGAAGGACCAGGUUCAACAGGAUAAGGUUUGGAGAGAGUCUGUGGAGGCCGAACAGAGAGGAAGAAAACUCUGGCACCAGAACUGGAGUUUCUUAAAGGACUAUGACCAAUUGGGUAAGAAAAAGGAGCAGAAGCCACUGCCAAACUAUAUGUCUGUGUUCUCAAGCGAAGUUCCCAACUCAGCCAACCAAGUUAUUGGCAGUCGGAUGAAUACUGAACUUGGCAGGGCUCUGGUAAACAUGGAUUACUUCUUCAGCAGUGGAGCACGGAAGAGGAAACUUGAGGGUGAUCUCCAGGUUUCCUAGUGCUUCGGUAAAAAUAUA